UAGCCCUUGUUCUAUUCUCGUCUUUCAUCACUAGAGCUACGCUCGUGGUCAUUCCUUAACCAACCAGCUUUCGCAUUCAUCUAUACAAAACAACACCCCCGGUGGGCUUAUCAUACAUAUCACACUAUCCGAAUCGAUCUCUAUCCAGACUCUAGCAGAAGGAAGCAUACCCGCAUCAAAAUGGUUUCCAGCAUCGUAUCCAUCCUGGUCCUGGCGACUGCCGUCUUGGCUCAUCCUAAACGACACCACCACUUCCACCAUGGCACCGGCACCGGUACUGGAGGCGUUGCUUUCCCUACCGGAGGCACAUAUCCAUUGAACGGUACCGAUAGCACCAACGGCACGGACUUCGCAGGCUCUGCGCUGUCCUCCACUGCUCUCUCGACUGUCACCGUGAGCCCACUCCCUGCAUCGACCAGCGAUGUCUUGUCAAGUGUCUCUGCUGCCGAUGCUGCAGUGGCAGCAGAAUCAAGCACAACAUCAUGCACCAGCAGCUCGACUUCCACAAUAACCACCACCACCGUCCAGUUUGUUACCGUCACAUCAGCCAGCACAUCUUCCUCCGCCAGCGAAGUCCUGGUUGUUUCUGACUCUUCAUCCUCAGCCAGCGCCACCCAAGGAACACAAGCAGCCGCUGCCUUCUACGGAAAGGGCGGACACUCAUUCACAUACACCGCUGCUGGUGCCUCAUCGGCAGCUCAGACCUCUGCUGAAGCUUCGUCGGUGUCGUCAGCCGUCGCAACGACCUUCGCAACUGUUGCUGUGUCAGCCUCCUCAUCCAAUGCAGCUAGUGCCACCGAGUCGUCCGCAUCAUCGACCGCCACAUCGACAUCCAGCUCCAGCAGUUCCAGCAGCGGCAAGAAGGGUCUGUCCUACAACACCGCCUCCUUGACUGACGCAUUCGCCGGCAAGGGCAUCAGCUGGGCGUACAACUGGGGAAACGCCGCCGAUGGUAGCAUCGUCUCCGGAGCCGAAUACGUCCCUAUGCUCUGGGGCUUGGACGCUGUCGAUGACUGGGCCAGCGCAGCUGCCUCUGCCAUCGCGGCCGGUUCUGAGCACGUAUUGAGCUUCAACGAGCCUGACCUGAGCUCUCAAUCUGACAUCGACCCGGAAACUGCUGCCACCAACCACAUCAAGUACAUGAACCCCCUUUCGGGCCAGGUGCAAAUCGGAGCUCCAGCCGUCACCAACGGUGCUGGAACCGACCCGCUGUUGGGCAUCGACUGGCUCAACGCCUUCUUCAAGGCGUGCGACGGUCAGUGCAAGGUUGAUUUCGUCCCCUUUCAUUGGUACGGCAGCUCCAUCUCCGACUUCGAAUCACACACCCAGGACGUCAUCGACGCAGCUUCCGCUCAGGGCAUCGACAAGGUGUGGGUCACUGAAUUUGGUGCCACCGGAUCGGACUCGGACGUUGCCUCCUUCCUUCAAUCCGCGGUAGAGUACCUCGAUGGCCAAUCGGCUGUCGAGCGAUACGCCUACUUCAUGUGCAGCGACGGCGUCCUGGUCGAUGGAAGCUCCAUCUCCAGCCCCAUCGGUGAGGCAUACCUGGACUAAGCCAGUGCCCAGUGCUCUGAAAGUCGGGUUAGAAGAGCAUGUCGCUUGACAUAUUUCUGGGGGAUUCUUGUACACCACCACUUUGGAGGGGAUGUCAAAAAGGGCCAAUUGGAUCGCACUAUGGAGAGGCAUUUCUGGAAGAUUCAUCCACCAUGCUGCACCAGGCACUGUUCUUACAUAGAGAGUCACACAAUCUCACGGCACGGAUUUAUAACGAUUUGAAACGGCUUUUAACGAUAGAAAUCCAUCCAUGCGUUUAUAGCGUGUUCAGACAGCAUAACAAAACUUCCCAAGUAAAG